GCACCCUUGAUCUUUUACUAUCGCUUUUCGAAGGUUUGACAUUGCGCUCAGCGCGAUCGCACGCCAUGCCUGUCGUCAAAGGAGGUGUCUGGACCAACAUUGAGGAUGAAGUGCUUCGGGCAGCCGUAUCCAAAUAUGGUCUCAACCAGUGGGCUCGAGUCUCCUCACUGCUCGCACGGAAAACGCCAAAGCAAUGCAAGGCGCGCUGGAUUGAAUGGUUGGACCCGGGUAUUCGCAAGGUCGAGUGGUCGCGGGAAGAGGAUGAGAAACUGCUCCACCUUGCAAAGUUGAUGCCCACGCAAUGGCGCACAAUUGCCCCCAUCGUCGGGCGCACUGCCACACAAUGUCUGGAACGCUACCAAAAACUUCUGGAUGAGGCUGAAGCUCGCGAAAAUGACGAGCUCGGUCUGGGAGGACCCGGCGAGGAGAGCGCCGCCCCCAGUGCGGACGAUGUCCGCCGUCUACGACCCGGUGAACUCGAUCCGGACCCUGAGUCCAAGCCCGCCCGUCCCGACACUAUCGAUCUGGAUGAAGAUGAAAAAGAAAUGCUGAGCGAAGCGCGUGCUCGUCUCGCCAAUACACAGGGUAAAAAGGCCAAGCGAAAGGCCCGAGAGCGCCAAUUAGAAGAGUCGCGUCGACUAGCCGUUCUCCAGAAGCGUCGUGAACUCAAACAUGCCGGUAUCAACGUCAAGGUCGUCACGCGGAAGCCCGGUCAGAUGGAUUACAAUGCAGACAUUCCAUUCGAAAAGCCAGCUGCUCCUGGAUUCUACGAUACAAUAGAAGAGAAAGACCAGAAUGAACGCCAACGCGAGGCAUUCGAUCCCCGGAAGCAGCAACUUGCAAAUAAGAGAAAGGCCGCCUCUGCCGCAGCUGCACGAGCAGGUCAAAUGCAGAAGAUUCGUGAGGCCGAACAGAGCAGCAAACGACGGGGUUUGAACUUGCCGGCACCGCAGGUCAGUGAAAGCGAAAUGGAAGAUAUUAUCAAGAUGGGAAUGGCAGGGGAUAGAGCAGCUAGUCGAAUGAGCGCCGAUGAUACAGUCACUCGGGAACUUAUUGGGAAUUACUCAACUAUUGUCGGGGGAACUCCUAUCAGAACCCCGCAAGCUGCGCCGGAGGAGGAUCACAUCGCCAACGAAAUCAGGAACAUUCGAGCUUUGACUGAAACUCAGUCUUCCCUCCUUGGAGGAGAUAACACACCCCUCCAUGAGGGCGGCUCAUCAACUGGUUUUGAUGGAAUUGCUCCUCGUCGGCAGGCGAUUGUCACUCCCAACCCCAUGGCCACGCCAUUCCGCCAGGCGAAUGGCAUGGGUGCAACACCUAUGCAUGGUGGUGUUGGGCCUGGUGCUACGCCAUUGCGCACACCGCCACACCUGAGAGACAUUAAAAUGCACGAGAACCUCACUCGCCAACAGAUGCGCAGCAAGUUGUCCUCGCUUCCUAAGCCCAAGGAAUUCGAAUAUGACUUUGAUAUUCCGGAUGAGUCCGCCGAACCCACCACUAUGGAGAUCAGCGAAGAGGAUGCGGCUGAGCGUGAUCGCCGUAACAACGAGGCCCGGGAGAAGGCCGCCAAGGCUGAAUUCAAGCGUCAAUCACAAGUUUACCAACGAGGUUUGCCUCGUCCCGCCGUUCUCGAUCUAGACGCUUUGUUGCAACGUGCCUCGCAAGUCACCGACACCAUCGAAGGCCUGAUUGCCAACGAAGCCGCCGCCCUGAUUGCACAUGACUCUCGCAAAUUCCCCGUCCCGGACGCGCAGGUUAAGGGUCAAGCACCAAAGUUAAGUCAAUUGGACGACCGGUUCUUGGACGCAGCGCGAGCUUCUAUUGCCGCUGAGAUUGCUUCCACGGAAGCACAGCAGUCGGAAUGGCAAGAGAAAUUCGACGACGGCUGGUCGUCAGCUCGCGCCAAGUCUCUGCCUGGUCUUGAAAAUUACGAGGAUGACGAGCAGGACCCCUUCCAAGAAGAACAACGCAUGAUUGCGGCCUUCGACACUGUUCAAACAUCCCUAUUUGAAACCGCUGAGCGCGGAAACAAGAUCGAGAAGAAGCUCUCUUUGCACUAUGGCGGAUACCAGAACCGUGCUAAGACGUUGCGGUCGAAGAUCGUGGAGGCUGGUGCUGCUUUGCCCGCCGCUAUGAAUGAACUGGACGCUUUCCGUACACUCCAGAUCUCUGAGGAGUCGGCUCUGUCCCGGCGACUUGAGAGACUUCGUGAAGCAGUGUCAUUUGUUAUGCGGCGUGAGCGAGAGGCUCAAGAUUUGUACAAGAGCAGAAAAGAUGAGCUCGAUGAACUUCUUGCUGGAACGGGUACGGUCAAUGGAUGGCACUAG